AUGGCUACAGCUACAAUUCAAACGAAGAAAAAGGAGCAAAAGAAGAUCCCACGUGAUGUAACAGAAGCCACCGCUUCGCUGGAGAGGCUCGUCAAGAGCCCAUUGCAGAACAGAUGGGCUCUAUGGUUCUAUAAGAAUGACAAAAGUAAAACAUGGCAGGCGAACCUGCAGCUCAUCACCAAGUUCGACACAGUGGAGGAUUUCUGGGCAAUAUAUAACCACAUUCAGGUUGCCAGCAAGCUGUCUUCGGGCUGUGACUACUCUCUGUUUAAGGAUGGGAUUGAGCCCAUGUGGGAGGAUAGGAGGAACAAAUGCGGUGGCCGCUGGUUAAUUACUCUUUCAAAACAGCAGAGGCACACCGAGCUUGAUCGGUUUUGGCUGGAAACUCUCCUGUGCAUCAUUGGAGAGUCCUUUGAUGAUUACAGUGAUGAUGUGUGCGGCGCUGUCAUCAAUGUCCGUGCAAAGGGAGAUAAAAUCGCUGUCUGGACGACCAACACGGAAAACAGGGAGGCUGUCACUUACAUUGGGCGCAGGUACAAGGAAGGGCUGGGGCUCCCUGCAAAGAUAGCCAUUGGCUAUCAGGCUCAUGCAGACACAGCGACGAAGAGCAACUCUCUUGGCAAGAACGAGUUUGUUGUCUGAGAGGCUGUGGUAGUCUUGGGAGAGGAAGCAGAACUCCAGUGUUAACUUUAGCUGAUGUCAUGACAUUUUUUUUGGUUAUUUAAUGUUCAGUACUUGCACUGUUCUGUUAUCCUAAAAUAAAUGAAUG